AUGGCGCAUGUUCAAGUUCAGGGGCAAAGUGGGAGCGUUAACAAUGGAUCUGGGGGAGCCAGUAACCAGUUUGUAACGUCUCUGUAUGUUGGGGAUUUGGAUCCAAGUGUUACCGAGACUCAGCUUUAUGAGUACUUUAACCAGGUCGGUCAGCUGCUUACGGUUCGCUUGUGCACGGAUUUGCCCACCCGAAGGUCUCUUGGUUAUGGUUAUGUCAACUAUGGCAACCCCCAGGAUGCUGCAAAGGCAGUGGAGCUUCUGAACUUCACUCCUCUGAGUGGAAAGCCUAUCCGGAUUAUGUAUUCCAACCGUGACCCUAGUCUUCGUCAAAGUGGUGCUGGAAAUAUAUUUAUCAAGAAUUUAGAUAAGGGAAUCGACCAAAAAGCUUUGCAUGAUACGUUUUCUGCAUUUGGAAACAUUCUCUCUUGCAAGUUAGCCAUGGAUCCCUCUGGCCAGUCGAAAGGUUAUGGGUUUGUACAAUUUGACAAUGAGGAAUCUGCCCAAAAAGCAAUAGACCAAUUGAAUGGUAUGCUAUUGAAUGAUAAGCAAGUCUAUGUUGGCCCUUUUGUUCGCAAGCAAGAAAGAGACACUUAUACUAGCAAGACAAAAUUUAACAAUGUCUAUGUAAAGAAUAUCUCGGAGUCGACUACUGAUGAAGACUUGAAUAAGAUUUUUGGUGAAUUUGGUCCAAUCUCUAGUGCCGUGGUGAUGAGAGAUGCUGACAGGAAAUCCAAGGGCUUCGGGUUUAUCAACUUUGAGAAUGCAGAUGACGCUGCUAGAGCUGUUGAUUCCCUAAAUGGAAAGAAAUUCGAUGAUAAGGAAUGGUUUGUUGGGAAAGCUCAAAAAAAAUCUGAAAGGGAGGCUGAACUGAAACAGCAAUUUGAGCAGACAAUGAAAGAGGCAGCGGAUAAAUUUCAAGGAACAAACUUAUAUGUUAAGAAUUUGGAUGAUAGCAUAAGUGAUGAGAAACUUAAAGAGUUAUUCUCUCAAUAUGGUAACAUAACAUCAUGCAAGGUUAUGCGAGACCCUAAUGGGAUAAGUAAAGGAUCAGGGUUUGUUGCUUUUUCAACUCCAGAAGAAGCAUCUAAAGCUCUUGCUGAGAUGAAUGGCAAAAUGAUCGUCAACAAACCUCUCUAUGUUGCGCAAGCUCAAAGGAAGGAAGAUAGGAGAGCCAGGUUGCAGGCUCAGUUUUCUCAAAUGAGACCACUUUCAAUGGCACAUUCAGUUGGACCUCGAAUGCCAAUGUACCCACCUGGAGGUCCAGGUCUUGGGCAACAAAUAUUCUAUGGUCAACCACCUCCGAUAUUCCCUCCUCAGCCCGGAUUUGGAUAUCAGCAGCAGCUUGUUCCAGGCAUGAGGCCUGGUGGGGCUCCCAUGCCAAAUUUCUUCGUACCAAUGGUUCAGCAAGGCCAGCAGGGUCAGCGUCCAGGCGGCAGAAGAGCUGGAUCUCAGCAAAAUCAGCAACCAGCUCCUUUAAUGCAGCACCAGAUGCUACCCCGUGGGCGGGUCUAUCGCUAUCCACCAGGUCGUGGGCUGCCUGAUGUUUCAAUGCCUCAUGCUGCUGGAGGCAUGAUGUCUGUUCCAUACGAUAUGAGUGGCAUGCCAAUGCGUGAUGCACCACUUUCGCAACCAAUUCCGAUUGGAGCUUUGGCCUCAGCUCUUGCAAAUGCUACUCCGGAUCAGCAAAGAACAAUGCUGGGGGAGAAUCUCUAUCCACUUGUUGAGCAGCUGGAACCCGAUGCAGCGGCCAAAGUAACAGGGAUGCUUCUGGAGAUGGAUCAGACUGAAGUUUUACACUUGCUAGAGUCCCCGGAAGCUCUAAAAGCUAAAGUAGCAGAAGCGAUGGAAGUUCUGAGGACUGUAGCUCAACAGCAGCGGCUAGCCAGUGGUGCUGCUGAUCAACUGGCAUCACUAUCAUUAAAUGACAACCUUGUCCCUUGAUUUUGAAUGCCUUCUAGAGUUUGUAGUGUGGCCUUCUAUUGGGGCUCACAAAUGAGCUUUGCUUGGUUAAGAGGAUGACUUGGCUGGUUUUGGAUUCACUUCUGUUGUUCCAGUGUUUUUGGAACAUUGAAACUACGAACACCCAUGUUUUAUUGGUUUUUUUUUUUGCUGUGACUCAGAAUGCAUAUUAACCCUUUA